AGGAUAAAACCAUGCAAGCCAAUCAGAAUCCUCAGAAUCAACAACAACAAAUAACACGACCGUCUUCCUGUUCAUUCCAAACAAUAUGGCGCGAGGUUCAUUCGUGUGGACAGACAGCGAAGUGGAGUUACUCCUUAAGGUCGCUUUAGACUACAAGGCAAGUAAAGCCCAAGACAAUUUGGACUGGGAAUCUUGCCAGUCCAAAUACGUCGACAUGUUGGCGCAUUUUUUGGAGCUAUACCCGUCCGAGUCAAACGAGGAGUUUCCUCAUGUGCAGAAUGAGAUAACGCGAGCCCAUCUGACAACAAAAAUUAAGGCAAUAAGAGGGAAAUAUAGACAUUCUGUGGACACCGGACGCAGGAGCGGCCACGGAAGAGUGGUGCUCCUGUACUUUGAACUUUGCGAGCAGGUUUGGGGUGGUUCCCCAGCCACUACGACCAUCGCCUCCGGCAUCGAGACAAACGAACUGGAGGAUUCCGUCCCUCCUUCCCCCGUCACAUCUGCUUCGUCCUUGGUGGAAGUCGAGGACGCAGAGGUUGAUGAUGUUGAUGGCAGUGUGGCCAUCACCCCCACAGUGAAGCAGAGGAGAGACAUGCUUCAGGCUAAACUGAAGGGACACCGGCAUGAACGCUUAAAGAGGAGGCUGCCUGCAGAGGCCCAGUGGCUGAAUGCCGUUGAGGAUGACAAAAAUAUCAAGAAGAAACUUGUGGAAAUUAUUGAGAACUCGGAAAAGAAGGCAUCUGAGAAUUUCUCCAAAAUUACAAAUACCCUUGAUAGGCUAACGUCAUCAAUUGCAGAUGGGUUUGCUGUCCUGCGGCAAGUUGUGCAGACACCGCCACCGCCACAUUACAGAAUCCCAUUUGAGGGAAGAGGUCCUUAUGGACCAGUAUAUGCACACACGCCACCACUACACACACACUCCUAUUUCCCAAAUUCAGCACAAAUUCAGCACUCAUUCCCAUCCAACUCGUCGGCUGACAACAGACCACCCAAUGCAGUGCCACUGAGCACCGUCAACCUUACUGAUUUAACACACACACCUGUUGAGGGCAUGCAUGGUCAGUUUUCAUAUACCCAAGCCCUUAACGAAGAUUAGGGAUACUAAUAUAAAAAGUUUAAAUAGUUUUUUUUUUGCCAAUCGUUAUUGUAUU